UUCAAGAUGGCAGCGCCCAUGAAGAAAAUGUCAAAGUUCAGGAACUGUAUUUACUGGAAAUCUCAGGGUACUGUUUCCUUUACUCUGUUUAAGAGAUAUUUUGGACAGCCCAUUGUUCAAACCCACCCACACUUAAUAGGCCAGGAUGAGGUCACACCAGGAAUAAACAAACAAGAAUAUCAGCAGCGAAGGACAUCCCUCAUCAGCAAUGUAGUGGAAAAGACUGCUGAAAGUAUUAGAAAUCAUAUAAUGAUUUUUCCCUCAGCCUCGAAAGUGUACAUGACUUAUGAUAUUCCAUAUCCAUUUAGACAGAAUACAGAGUUUUUGUACUUGUCAGGAUUCCAAGAACCAGACAGUGUGUUAGUUCUGCAAACAACUGAGAAUGGGUACAAAUCAGUGUUGUUUGUGCCGAAAAGGGACCCAGAUAGGGAACUAUGGGAUGGACCAAGAUCAGGGGACACAGGCGCUGUGUCAUUGACAGGGGUAUCAGAAGCACACAAUAGUGAUGACUUAGAAAAGUACCUCCACAACUACUGUAAAACACACUGUGAUUAUCUAGUAUGGUACAGUAUGACCAAACCUGUUCACCUGAAUUUCCAUAAGUCUGUGAUAAGUGAAUUUUUGAAGCAGGAAGGUCGGAAGUCUAUACAAAAUCCAAUUCAACUGUUACAUCAAAUGAGACUUGUUAAGUCUCAAGCUGAAAUAAAACUUAUGAAGAAAACUUGCCAAAUUGCUUCAGAAGCGUUUGUGGAUGUGAUGAGAUGUUCACAUGCAAAUAUAUCUGAGUCCACCCUGUAUGCUAAGAUGGACUAUGAGUGUCGAGUAAGAGGGGCCGAAAUCCUGGCCUACCCCCCAGUGGUUGCAGGUGGUGAGAGAGCAAACAUCAUCCAUUACAUCAACAACAACAACCUGGUAGGGGCGGGGGAGCUAGUGUUGAUGGAUGCCGGGUGUGAGUACCAUGGCUACACCAGUGACAUCACUCGCACUUGGCCUGUCUCAGGAAAGUUUACACCAGCCCAGAGACGGCUUUAUCUGGCACUAUUAGACAUCCAAGAAGCCCUUGUGACCUCGUGCCGUCCCGGAGUCACCCUUGCGGAACUGUACCAAGCCAUGAUGCAGCUGCUUGCCGUGCGAAUCAUUCUACUUGACCUUGUACCUUCUUCAACUAUGGCCAAAGAUGAGCUUAAGAUGAAAAAGAUUCUAUGUGAGUUGUGCCCUCAUGAUGUCGGUCACUACCUGGGAAUGGACGUCCAUGACACACCCUCUGUCAGCAAGAACCGGCCACUGGAACCAGGCAUGGUCAUCACUAUAGAGCCAGGUCUGUACAUCAAGUCCACAAACACCAUGGUACCUGAGGAGUACCGCGGUAUAGGGAUCCGUAUUGAGGACAACGUUCUUAUCACCGAGGGUGAUCCCAUAGUUCUGACAGCAGAUUGUCCUAAACAUCCCGACCACAUUGAGGCCAUCAUGGCACAGAGAUGAUUGUUCAACUUCUGUGGCAUCAAUAAUGAAUGGUCUCAAGUCUGAGUUUAGACUCAAGACUCAAUAUUGAAUAGCUUCAUUUCAUUGAAACUCUCCUUCUGGCAGAGCAUUGAUGGUGUACUAUACAACUUUUUGAAUGUUUUGUUAAAGAAAUGGAAUAAAGAUGAUUUAUUUGUUCCUUCAUAAAAAUGCUUUUCUGAGUCUCGUUCUAGACUCAGACUUGAGACUGUUUGUAAUCGUGGCCCCAGGGACUUUGAAGCUUUUAAACAUUAUGUUUUUGCAUAGCAAAUGAACAUGGAAAAGAACAUUGUAGUUUGGUUUGGGGACAUCUUAAUAUAAAGGCAUGUAUCAUACGAUCAUUUUAUGAAAUUAUUUUUUCCUGAGUAAUUAUUUCUUUUUAAAAAAUAAGACCUAUAUUGAUCAGUUCAGGCAUAGUUUAUAUGAUUUUAAGUAAAUCUUCAAAUUUGAUUUGUGAUACACACUAAAUAUUUCCACUGAGUCUUGAUCUUACGAUAUUCUGUCUUAUGCAUAAUUAAGAUUGCCCCUUUGAUUUAGCCAUAUUUACAGUUUAAACACUAACUUGCAUUGAUGAUUUCAUUAAAUGCAGACAAGUACAUUUGUGGGUAAACUUUGCAGCGGCGAGAACCUCAUUAUUAAAGUUUUACAUGAACUUUUAAAUUGCCAACUUAUUUCUUAAAUCAAAAGUUUUGGUGCUGAAUGUAAGUAUUUUGUGCAUAGCUAAUUACAGAACUUGUAAAACUGCAUUGUUGUUAUGAAAAUGGGCCAUAUGUUCAGAACUGUGUUCAAGAUAAGUGCGUGAUUAAAGACAUCGUUGUAAACUUUUAAUCUUGAAACAUUUGAUAAUUCUCUUACAUACAGCUGGAACAUUUGUCUCAAAUCUGGUUAGAAAUACAGCAGAUUACAACUGUAUCCAUUACACUUCAAGAGGAGUAACAAUUUGAAUGUUAACAACGAUGAUGUUCAUAAAGAAUCGGCCCAUUGUUUUAAAAAUAUAAGAGCUUAAAGAUACAAGUAUAAUUCAUUAUUGGGUUAUUCUACAUUGUAUAACUGAUAUUUUGUUAUCCUAAUAAACAAUUAUUCAACAGAAUUUCUUUACGAAAAACAGUAUUUUUUAUACAAGUUGUUUACCAUUGUAAUGAAUAGCUUUAUUAAAAAAUAUGAAGUGUU